AUGUUUUCCCGAAGCGUUGCGUCUGUACGUACACGAGCCACCGCUGGCAACUCCCACCCAGCGUCCCUCUGCAAUCCGCCAUGGCUAACCUCCGCACCUCGCCAGAGCUUGCUGCGACGAGCUGCCCGGCCAGCCGUCCGCGCGCCCAUCUCCUUCCGAGCGCCCAUCUCGCCCCUGACGCCCUCGCAGGCGCGCCUCCUCUCGGACGCGACCCGCUCGGCCAUCGACAAGGCGGUCGCGUCGGCGCCCGUGGUGCUCUUCAUGAAGGGCACGCCCGAGACGCCCCAGUGCGGCUUCUCCGCCACCGUCAUCAAGAUCCUCGGCAUGCAGGGCGUCAACCCGGACAAGUUUGCCGCCUUCAACGUCCUCGAGGACGCCGAGCUGCGCGAGGGCAUCAAGGAGUACUCGGACUGGCCGACCAUUCCGCAGCUCUACGUCGACAAGGAGUUUGUCGGCGGCUGCGACAUCCUGCGCACCAUGCACACCAACGGCGAGCUGGCCAAGUUUUUCGAGGACAAGGACGUUUUGGUCAUGGAGGGCGAUGCGUAA